AUGCUUCACGAGCAGCAAGAAGCAAGACAAGUUGCGAGCGGUUCGGCGAGGGCCAGCCAGCCUGUCCUCGGGUGCCGGACACUCAUUGUGAACAAACACGGAGGCUGCACCCGCCCAUCCGCCUCCACACCCGCCCCUGCCCCUGGCUCACCCCACUCCUCCCUCACACCUCAGUCCCUCCCCUCCCCUCCCCCUCACCAUGCUGCCACCCAUCCUCCCCUGUUCGCACUAACAUCCUCUUUCACCCUCGCAUCCCUGCCUAACACUCCUGCCCCUCACCCAUCCCAUCCAAGCAUCCACUGCCCCACGACUCUCAGUCCCUCGCCCACCAGACCACCUCCCGCCCACGCAGCGGCCGCCCAGAGAAACUUGAGCUCAUAA